UCGGCAUUGAAUUAUUCUCAAACUAAUCUGGAAAGUUUGAAAAAGGUAGGAGAUUAUUUUAGUUUUUAGAAACAGAAAUUUCCCCUUUGUCUCACUGUCUCCGCUGCAGCUCAGCAGAGACACAACAAGAGUUUUGCAUGUACACACUGGUUGUUUGAAACAUAUAGAAACAUAUGGAAAUGCGCAAGAUGUAAUUAGAUGUUGCAAUAUUUGGAAUAAAAAACAUCUGCAGGCACAGCUGUGUUACAAUUAACAUUCAACCAGACUUAUAAUAACACGGUACAAAAGGACAACGUAAGGUUCGGGGAUAGCAGUCGUUUAGUGUGAACUGCACAAUCAGAUGACUUUGAAAGUAGUGUAGUCUAAAUUUGGCUUUAGGGAGAUUAUCUUGUUGCCAAAAGAUGGUACAAGAGAGUGAAAAAUGUAGUACAAAUCAGUGCAAAAGACAGGAGAAGACGGUGCAAAAACGGCACAACACAGUUCCACUGUUGGAUAACGAUGAUUUUAACAGAUGUGUGUCCUCACAUGGAACUGUCAAAAUCCCCAGUGGCCAAAAAUGCAAUAACCAAAGUUCAAGCGUGAUGAACCCUGAGAAAACUGUUUAGAUUAAUAAACUGAUGGUUAGAGAACUGAUCUUACUGAGAAUUUAUUAUUUAUCAUAAAAUCUGUUGGUAUCCUUAUUUCUAACUAAACAUCCAGUAUUUCUCUUCUUAUCUCACACACACACACACGCCUGGGCGUUUGACGUUAUCUGACAGAAUCACAAUACAGCUGCUCAGCAUGGCUGCUGCAUGUCAUGCUACACCCCUUCCCGUUUGCCAGGGCAAAGUUUAGAGUUGCACUUGGUGAUUGGUGGAUUGAUGGAUGACGUCACUCUGGUCUUCAAAGGGACAGUAAAACAUGACUGACGGCUCGCCCGACCAAUCGGACACAAUCCAUCCUCCGCAGGAUCCAAAUAGGUGUGCUGACUGUCCGACCUCUCAAGUCUACUCCCACACAUGACGUUGUGUGAGAAAGUUCAAAACCUGCUUUUCGUCCUGUUAAACAGACGCACACACACACAGAGCCAGCACACAGUUCCAUACACACACUCACCUGGCUGUUGAAGCCAUGUCAGGAACACAAAGAACACUCACGCAAAAUCCUCUCGAGAAAACGUGGGUUCCAUCGUUGAAAACCAGACUGAGCCAACGCAGAGGCUCGUCGGUGCCCCAGUUCACUAACUCCCCAACCAUGAUAGUGAUGGUUGGACUACCGGCACGGGGGAAAACCUACAUCUCUAAAAAGCUCACCAGAUACCUGAACUGGAUCGGGGUCACAACCAAAGUGUUUAAUGUCGGGCAGUACCGGCGAGAUGCUACACGUUCCUACAACAGCUACGAGUUCUUCAGAGCCGACAACACUGAGGCCAUGAAGAUUCGCAAGGCCUGUGCCAUCGCUGCCCUGAAAGAUGUGUGCGAUUACUUCACGAGAGGGCAGGGUCAGGUGGUGGUUUUUGACGCCACCAACACCACCCUUGAGCGGAGAGAGGUCAUCCGCAGCUUCGCCAAAGAAAACGGUUACAAGGUUUUCUUUGUGGAGUCCAUAUGUGAGGAUCCAGACAUCAUCGCGGAGAAUAUUAAACAAGUGAAGUUGACCAGUCCGGACUACGCAGACUGUGACAAAGAGGAGGCUGUGGCCGACUUUCUCAAAAGGAUCGAUUGUUACAAGUUGACCUACGUCCCCCUGGAUGACGACAAGGACAGGAACCUCUCUUACAUCAAGAUCUUCAACGUGGGCAGCCGUUACCUGGUGAACCAGGUCCAGGACCACAUUCAGAGCAGGAUAGUCUACAACCUCAUGAACAUCCACGUCACCCCGAGAUCCAUCUACCUGUGUCGCCACGGCGAGAGCGAGCUCAACCUCGUGGGUCGCAUUGGGGGUGACUCUGGGCUGUCAACAGGCGGGGCAAAGUUUGCCAGCGCUCUGGGUGCGUACUUGCGUGGGCAGUGCAUCAGUGACCUGAAGGUGUGGACGAGCCACAUGAAGAGGACAAUCCAGACGGCAGAGGCUCUGGGCGUCCAGUACGAACAGUGGAAGGCCCUCAAUGAGAUCGAUGCGGGGGUGUGUGAGGAUAUGACCUAUGAGGAGAUUCAGGAGAAUUACCCAGAGGAGUUUGCACUGAGGGACCAAGACAAGUAUCGCUACCGUUACCCUAAAGGAGAGUCGUACGAGGACCUCGUCCAGCGCCUGGAGCCCGUCAUCAUGGAGCUGGAGCGGCAGGAGAACGUUUUAGUCAUCUGUCACCAGGCGGUGAUGAGAUGUCUUCUGGCCUACUUCCUGGACAAGAGUGCUAAUGAGCUUCCCUACCUGAAGUGUCCCCUCCACACGGUUCUGAAACUCACCCCAGUCGCCUACGGUUGUAAAGUGGAGUCCGUCUUCCUCAACAUUGAAGCUGUCAACACACACAGAGACAAGCCAGUGAACGUGGACGUGGACAGAGACCCUGCAGAGGCAUUAGAGACGGUCCCGGACCACGUCUAGAGACGGUUUCAGUUUCAUCCGACCUGAUGGAAAGUGGCCUUUUAUUAAUUGAAGUAAUCCUUGUGA